AUGGCCAUCUCACUGGACUCUUCUGUCCUAGAUCAAUUGAACACUACCGAGUCAAGAAAGCUUCACGAGCUGACAGACAAACUGAGCACCUGCGGUGUUGGCAGGAUUGUCAACCUCCCGCAGAUCAUUGUUGUUGGCGAGCAGUCAGCGGGAAAGUCAUCCGUUCUGGAGGCUGUUUCUCAUGUCCGCUUCCCGGUCAAAGGGGACCUCUUCACUCGAUUCGCAACAGAGAUUGUCCUUCGUCAGGCAGCACAGACCCGUGUGCAUGUCAGCAUUCGAUUCGACGACAAGUCCAAGCCAACCCGGACGUUACAAAGAGUGGGAUUCAGCGAAGAUGAUCUCCCAGACAUUAUCAAGGAGGCCAAAGAAUUCAUGGGAAUAGAUUCUACAGGCCGAGGCUUUUGCAAGGACAUUCUACGACUAGAGAUUGAGGGCCCCAACAUGUAUCCGCUGACUCUCGUGGACCUCCCCGGGCUGUAUCGCGUCGAGACGGCAACCCAGUCCAUGCGAGGCAAGGAAACGGUCGACCAGCUUGUGGAAAGCUACAUGAGGCAAAAGAACAGCAUCAUUCUAGUUGUCGUCGCCGCCAACAAUCAGCUUGCCAACCAGAUUGCCCUAAAAAAGGUCAAGGAAUUCGAUCCGGACGGCGAGCGAACGCUGGGCGUCAUUACCAAGCCUGAUCUUACGUGGCCGGGGAAGCCCGAGGAACGCAGCUACAUACAACUAGCGAGAAACCAAGAGAGCGCACAUAGGCUCAAGCUCGGCUGGCACGUCUUGCGUAAUAGAGCAGAGGACGGAGACACCCUGGACGCCCGUGAUGCCACCGAGACAAGCUUUUUCGAGACGACUGCCUGGGCUACGAUUUCAAAAGACGAUUGUGGGAUUGUCAGUCUGCGCAAGAAACUAAGCAAGGUGCUUUAUAGCCAUAUCCGGCUGAAUUUGUCUGCCGUGAUGGACGACAUUGAAGGAAAACUUGGGGAGAGGCAAGAAGAACUCGGCCAAUUGGGAGCACCGAGGUCGAGUGCUCAAGAGAUGCGGUCGUUUCUCCUCAAUAUCUCACAAAAGUUUCAAAAGCUGGUAUGGGACGGCAUCUACGGCAGGUACAACGACCCGUUCUUUGGCGAUUUAGGCGGUACAAACCACAAGUUGCGCGCCCAGUUGAGAAAUUUCAACCUCGCCUUCGACCACGUACUAGCAACAAGGGGAUCCAGGCUCGCCAUUGCGCCAGACGAUGAUUGGAACAAUGCGCAGCCUCAUGCCCCCGGGUUCCUCAAAAGUUUUCUCGACGAGUAUCCGUACGACUUUCCCGAGCCAGAGUCCGUCAGCAGGGAGGCCCUCAAGACGCACCUGGAGAGUCGAGCGGCGGCCAACCAAGGCUGUGAAUUCCCAGGCUCCCACAACUCGGAUCUCAUUGUCCAGCUACUCCAGACACACGCUUCGCCAUGGAAGCAUAUCGCUGCAUUCCACAUCAGGCAGGUUACGUUCGUGGCCAAGGCGUUUGUGGACCAACUGAUUCGCCACAUCGUUGGUCAUCCGGACGGGAGCCCGACAACCGAGGCCAUUCUUUGCGGCUGCGUCGACCCAUUCUUUGCAGAAAAGGAGAAGCUCCUCAUGGAGAAACUCGAGGAGCUUCUCCAGCCGUAUUCAAGGGGCUACGCCAUGCCUCUGGACGUCGAGUUUCGUCAAAUGGUCACGAACAGGACCGUCAACCGUCUGGCUGAACGAUUGGCCGAGUUGUCAGCGGAGAAGCAGAUGAACCCUACAGACGCUUUCGAAUUCGGGAAACUCAAGAGGGACAUGCUGAGGGAAGCCGCGUCUACCCUCGAUGCAGUCGAUGGAGGGCAGUUUGGAACGGAAAAGAUCAUUGACAUGAUGCUGGCGUAUUACGAGGUAAGCUGCUGUCAGCUUAUAACAACAACCUUCUCGGCACUGCGCGCCAUAGAGGGCGGUCUCAUUCAAGACUUGCCAAACAUUCUCACGCCGACCCAGGUGGACAAAAUGGAAGAAGGGCAAGUCAAGAAGCUGGCGGCCGAAGCAGAAGAAGCCCAGGUUCGCCGCGAGCAGCUGCAAGUGGAAAGUAACGUCCUGCGAGAAGGCCUCGAGCAGUGCCGCAAAUACAAACCCAGAGGCGUGACUGUUGUGCCAUCCUCAAGGUCAAGAAUUCAGCCGGUUAUCGAAAGGCGCAGUGUCUCAGAUCAAUGCCAACUCACUGCGGAUUCCGGUCCUCUGUUUACAUCACCAGCCAGACCGGCAGCUCCAGACGGGCUUCUCGCUCCUCCUGCGAUUGAGUCACUCACGGCGUCCGCAUCAUCCGGAAGACCAGCAUCUCCGUUGUUCCAAAUUCCAUCCGCCGUACAAGGCAAGUUGACACGACCUUGUUCCAGUGUGGCUCCAGCACCGGGAGUAUAUUUGGUAGAGAUUCAGCUUUCACAGUAUCAACAAGCUCUGAUUCUGGUGGCCUAUUUGGUUCGAGACCUCGGCCUUCUGCUCCAUUCUCAAACUCCGGUUUCGAGAGGACCUUUGGAUUUGGUGACGGCCAAAGGUGAGACAGACUAUUCAACCAAACUCGACAUUCAGCCCCAAUUACGCAUUGUCUGGUUAAUCUACUCAACGUCAUCAUGUUGUAGAAUACGCCUCUCUCCUCCGUCAAUCGUUGCGGACCGUCAAACGCAACCACCUCACCAGCCGCGAGCACGACCACCUUGUCGUAAUUCCCAAUAUCGAAUCUGCUUCAGAGUCCGUGUUGGCCGUUGCCUCGCCCAGAAGCAUCAGCUUGGAUUCGCGAGCCAAGACGCGGCACGGAGAGAGGAGUUGGCGUUGCCCGCGAGAAGAGCUGCCGCCCUCGGUAUCAACUCGUGUACAAGGUCCAAGUUUGCCGUGCAACAACAGGCCCGUAUAAUACUCUCAUACCUCUCAGCCCGUCAUGCUCAUGGCUGUGAAAUCGUCUCUGAUGAGCUCGAGCAAACUGAUGGCGGUAUAUGCCACGGAUGCGGUGAGAGGCUGGCCGAGGACAAAAACGUACAGAGAAAACAUGACCAGGAGAGCAAUGACGGGAAUGCAGUACGCCGCUUCGCUCACUGCUGUCAAGAGCAGGUCAAUCUUCCACAAGUGGUGUUGCUCCACGGAUCGAGAUUCCUUCAGCAGGUCCACGACCAUGUCUUCCCAACCGAAAUACUUGACGACUCUGACGGAGCGCAAAAACUCGGACGCGACCGUGAUGCGGCCGUCUUGUACAUCCUUGAGCGACUCUUGCUGUUCCUCGCUCGUGUUCACCAGCCAGGCCGUGAUGAAGGAGCCCGGGAACAUGAUUCCCAAUUCAACCAGACACGGCCAACCGACAAUGUAGUAGAGACUUGCGACGGAACCGAUACAACCCAUGGGUAUGCCGGCAACAAUCACGAGCACAACUGGCAUCACAAUGGCGGUGUGGGUGCGCGAACACGGACAAGAGAGACAACCAACAUUUUUCCCGAGUAA